AUGAGACUUCAAAGUAUUGACUCGGACAUUAAUAAGGAUGAAUUGAAGACUUUUUCAAAAUGGAUAUCAAUUAUUGGAGAUGAAACAAUUGACAGUUCGAAUGAUGGGCAUGCAAUGAUUGAUAUACCUGAUGAUCUUUUGAUAAAAGAUAUAGGAAAUUCAGUUGCAUCUAUUGUAAAUAGCACAUCUGAUUUGGACAUUGAUCUUAUAGGAGAUCUUUAUACACCUAAAUUUUUGAAUGCCAUAAAAUGCUCUGGGGUGCCUAAUCAUCAGUUGAAAUUGAAGAUCAGUAUCCCCAUUAUGCUAUUAAGAAAUGUUGACCAUUCCUCGGGGUUGUGCAAUGGGACUAGAUUGGUCAUUACAAGGCUUGGCAAUCAUGUUCUUGAAGGAAAACUUGUUUUAGGAAGCAAUGUUGGGUUUAAAGUUCUUAUUUCAAGAAUUACUUUAACUCCAUGGGACCCAAGAUUACAUUUUCAGUUUCAAAGAAGACAAUAUCAUUUGGUUGUAUCAUAUGCUAUGACUAUUAAUAAGAGCCAAGAUCAAUUUCUUUCGCAUGUCAGACUUUAUCUUAAACAACCAAUUUUCAAUCAUGGACAAUUAUAUGUUGCAGUUUCCAAAGUUACAAAUAGGAAAGGAUUGAAGAUAUUAAUUUAUAAUAAAGAUGGAGAGCCUACCAAUUCAACCACUAAUGUGGUCUUAAAAGAAGUUUUUCAAAAUUUGGAUUAA